AUGAGUGGGAGAAUAUUGGAGAGUGUUUUUGAUGGAGUUGGAUUCUUAGUCUUGCUCUCCUUUUAUGCCCUUCACCACAACCCAAAUGUGUGGCCAAACCCAGAGGUGUUUGACCCUUCCCGCUUUGCACCAGAUGCCUCUCGACACAGCCAUGCUGUCCUGCCCUUCUCAGGAGGAUCAAGGAACUGCAUCGGGCAGCACUUUGCCAUGAACGAGUUGAAGGUGGCUGUGGCCCUGACCCUGCUUCGCUUUGAGCUGGCACCAGAUCCCUUCAGGAUCCCUGUUCCUACUCCAAGAAUUGUGUUGAUGUCCAAGAAUGGGAUCCACCUGCAUCUCAGGAAGCUCCUCUAA